GCGACAGCUUUCGUCUCUCUUUGCAGCCUUCACGCUGACACAAACAAUGACCCAGGGUACUUCGCUUCACGUUCUUCACCUUUGCCAUCAGCGACAUUCCAUAAAGCUCAUGAGAACCUGGUCUCUUGGGUCCAUCAUAUCCUCCAAAACUCUCAGCUUGAAACAUCUUUCGGUUUGGCGUUUUCACAAAUGGCUUCUGUGCAUCUGGUUCUUGUUGGGCUCCUUGUGUUUACAGGCCAAGUGAUGGCAAUGGGAGUCAGUGUUCUCAAAAACGAAACGGCGAUGGGAGAAGAGGAAUCACUGGGACUGUUUGAAGUGAUGGGUGCUCUUCUAGAAGAUUCCGAUUGGGUCCAAGAACAUCCACAGCCUUGUACGGACACUCCAUGGCCUGGUGUUAAAUGCGAAGUUAGUGAUGAUGACCCGCAAAUCUUUCAUGUCACUGAUAUUCAUAUUGGUGCUGACAUAGUAUCUCCACCUUGUAAAUCUUCUGCUUACCUAUCUGGGUCGUUGCUGAAACUGCCUUAUUUGAAAACACUUUCAAUUUUCAAUUGCUUUGUGGCUUCCCCAAUCACACUGCCCACAACACUUUUUGGUUCUCUCUCUUCCUUGGAACACCUAGCUUUGCAAUCUAACCCAUCGCUCUAUGGAGAGUUACCUCCAAGUUUAGGUCAGGUUCCUAGACUGAGAGUCUUGAGUCUGUCCCAAAACAGCCUUCAGGGACAAAUCCCAGCCGAGAUUGGCGGGUUGGUUUGUUUAGAGCAGCUUGACCUCAGUUACAAUAACUUGAGUGGUCAAAUCCCCAAGGAAAUUGGUAAUUUGAAAAGCAUGACUAUUUUGGACCUGAGUUGGAAUGAGAUUGAAGGAAACUUGCCUUAUUCUCUUGGCCAGCUUCAAGAUCUGCAGAAAAUUGAUUUGAAUUCUAACAGGCUUGCUGGCAAAGUACCUUCAGAUUUGGGAAAACUCAAGAGGUUAGUCUUGCUUGAUCUGAGUCAUAAUUUCCUAAGUGGGCCUAUUCCUGAAGCACUAUCAAGUUUAGAGGGUUUAGAAUAUUUUGUCAUUGAUGACAAUCCCAUAAAAGCAGGGAUGCCCUUGUUCAUAGGGAACCUUAAAAAGCUCAAAUCAGUGAGUUUCUCAGGGUGUGGUUUGAUUGGUCCCAUACCCGAUUGUUUUUCUUCUUUGAAGAACCUAACUGCUCUCUCCUUAGAUAACAAUACUCUCAGCGGACCAGUACCUCCUAGCUUAGGUUCACUCUUAAACUUGGAUCAGCUAAAUUUGAGCCACAACAAAUUGAGUGGAGUCUUACAACUUCCCGAUGAUUUCGUUGAGAAGCUUGGUGAAAGGUUGGAUAUAAGAGAAAACAGUGAACUAUGCGCAAGCCAUAAGCCAAACAAGGAGACCCUCUCAUCAUACUCGGAAAUCCCUGCUUGUUUGAGCUCUAAACCCAGAAAUGGCAAAUCUUUGGCUGAUGAACCUCCAGAGAACCCCGCAGAGAUGAAGCCAGCUCAGUAUUAUGACAGCAGCAUAAGCUCAAGCUUAUCAUCAUCAUGGCCGGAUCUACAAGCCAGAAUCUUGUUCACUUUAAUUUCUAAUUUUGUCGUCAUCUCCUUUUCUUCUUGUUGUAACAAUUAGGAGUUGAUAUUUUAUAAAAUGCUUGACUUAGAUCUAUCUAUCU